AUGGAGGACGAAGGGAUCGGUGUUGAUCCUGAUUUUUCUUCGGUGACAGAGGUUGCGGUCGGGCUAGAAGAUCGGGGGAUCGGCGGUGAAGAGCUCUGGUGGCUGACGAUUGGGAGUCUAGUUAGGCCGGUAACUUCAACAGAGCCGUUGUGCUUGAGGCCGGGUGCUACGAGGCGUUUCUUUGCCCGGGAUGGGGUUAACCUCGGCUCCGGUGGUGGUAAUGGUGGCGUAGGGGGCGGUGAUAUGUGCUGGGGUGUCUCUUCUACUUUCGGCGACAGAGGCGGUGGCUGGCCGAUGAUGGCGGCGGGGAGGAUGGUCGCUGGGCUUCUAGGGUUUACUCUGGUGGCUUUUGGUGGGUCUGGGCUCAUUGCCGCUUGGGCCUUGAAGGCUGUUUGGCUGGUUUGGGCCUCUAUGGCCCAGAUGGAGAACGACGACGAAGAGGAUGACGAGGAAGAUAACGACGACGGGGAUGAGGAGGCGGAGGUGGAGAGGGAGAGGGAGAGAGACAGCGACGGCGAGAUUGGAGGCGGCGGAGGAGAAGGGUUGAAGAGAUUGGCGAGGGCAAUAGAGAGGUUUGGGGAGGUGUAUCAGAGAGUGGAGGCUGAGAAGUUGAGGCAGAUAGUGGAGUUGGAAAAGCAGAGAAUGCAGUUUGCUAAGGACUUGGAGGUUCAGAGAAUGAGGAUGUUCAUGGACACACAGGUCCAGCUGGAGCGGAUCAAGCACGGCAAGCGACCCGGCUCUAAUGGUGAGCCGAAUCUGUCAGCUUUCUUCUGUAUGCUAUAG